AUGGUUCUGGUACAAGACUCAUCAGGCUCACGAGCUGCCAAGCUCAUCAAGUCUUUCUGGGCCAUGACCAAGGGAGAGCAACAGAUCAUCAAUUCCCACUCCGCAAAACUAUUUUUGCAAUCUUGCAAGGCCUUUAGCGACAAGAACACAGCUGUCAAAUGCGUCGAAGUUCUCAUCUCCAAUCCUCCCGGCGUCGCGGCUCUCGAAAGAGCUGUGCGUGCCGACCUGAGUCCCGACUUUAUCAACUCUACCACAUUGCCUUUUAUCCUGGCUCUUUCCAACGAUGGAGUCAUUUCACUUAACAACGGUGGUUUUCUUCGCCAGAUAUUGUCUGCCAUCCUGGAACCUUGCACUUUCUGGACUGCUUCAAUGGAUGCCUACGUCAAUGGCAGACUUGACAACCUUGGACUGCAAGCAUUUGCUUGGCUCUGCUUACAGGUCGUAUCUGACCAAGCUGGAUUUGAUGCCCACAAGCUUGCAGUGGAACAAAUGAUGGAGCAUCAAAGUCUUCUGAAGUCUCAAUUGCCUGAAGUUCGUAGAAUCGCCUAUCGCAUUGACAAGGUCAUCAAAAUAUUUUCCCAGCCGGGACUGACGGCCAACGGCGUCACUCCUGGAGGACGACAUGACAACGAUCAUGUCAACUUCCGACAAAUUUCUAUUUAUCCCACUCGUGACGAGUUCACAUCCACCGACCCUCCUUACCUGCAGCGACUGGGGGAGGUAUUUGACGCACCUAUGGAUACGCGAAGCCAGAAUUACCGCGAUUGGCUAUUUCGUUUACUCCGUGAAGACAUGCUGUCCGAGCUACGGGAGGACCUUCAAGUUGCUAUGGGCCAGAAGAAGAACAAUCGCCGCCUGGUUGCUCUAGGUCAAAUGAAGCUUGUCGGUACCGAUUACGACGGGGGAGCUGCCCGACACAUACUUCCCUACACUCUCUUCGUGUCCUGCAACCAGGGUGUAAAUUUCCCUCACAACAUUUCUGCAGGGAACAGGGGAGCUUACAUCAAGGGCUCCAAGAACUUCAUGAAGCACGACUCCUUUGGUGCACUGUGCUGUGAUAAUACAAUCAUUGCAUUCGGAUCAUUGGUCCGGGACGUUGACAAACUUCUCAAAUCACCACCUGUUGUUGGCCUCAGAUUCACGGAUGAUGUUGGCUUAAAGUCUGCCUUGACUGCCUUCGAGAGCCCGCUCAAGCAUCAACUCAAGUUUUUAAUCGUUGAUACUGCGACCUUCGCAUAUGAGCCAAUCCUCAAGCGAUUGAAGACUAUUGCCGAUAUUCCUCUUGAAGCUCAAUUGAUCGAUGCCGACCAGCCUUCACUCGACAGCCCAAAGUCGAACCAGCUUGAUGCCCUGCUUGAUCAAUUUAGAGCAGCUUUUGGGGCAGGUCUCAAAGUCAAAAUACCUUCGAGAUUGAGACUGAAAAAGGACAUUUACCUUCAAGAUGCCCAGCUCAAGUCCUUCAUUCAUGGAUUGAGUAGUGAUCUGGCUUUGAUCCAAGGCCCUCCAGGUACUGGCAAGUCAUUCCUUGGUGCUCUGAUCCUUUUAACUAUUCUGCGCUUGACCAAAUCUCGUAUCCUUGUCUUGAGCUAUACAAACCAUGCCCUCGAUCAAUUUCUUGAAGAUCUUAUGAACAUCGGUGUCAGUUCGGAUGAAAUUGUCCGUCUCGGAUCCAAAUGCACCGAAGCCACCAAAUCCACUCUUUUGCGGGAGUAUGAUGGCCAAAAGAGGUACUGGUUGACCAUGGAAGAGAGAAACAUUCUUAAUUACCUCCGAACUGAAGAAACUGCCCUCAAUACAGAGCUUCAGGAGUACAGUAAGAAGCUCGCGGGUCGUGAUGUCCAUCCCGGCGAUAUUCUCGAAUACCUUGAGUUCUCCGACCUUUAUACGACUGCGUGGUCCGCUUUCCAGGUUCCUUAUGAUGAUGGAUUCCAGACAGUUGUCUCGCAAGGUAAAGUGAUUGAACCUGAGACUAUUUACCAGUUCUGGCUUCGCGACGGCAAUGUCAACGACAUGGGCAGCCUAGGAGCCUCAUUGGAAGAGAAUGUUCGCGCCAUUUGGAGCCUUUCUCACCAAUCGAGGACAAAUCUCCACGAUCAGUGGUCUCAGAAGGUCCGAGAAGAACAGAUCGUCAACUUUGUCGAUCUCAACAAGCGAAUGAGUGACAUCAAGACCAGAGUCAAAAGUAUACUUGACGAGCGCGGCCGAAGAGUGCUGAAAGACAAGCGCAUCAUUGGCUGUACAACCACAGCGGCAGCGAUGUAUCAAUCCAUCAUUGAAACAGCCAGCCCUGAUGUUAUUCUUGUGGAAGAAGCCGGAGAAAUCCUGGAAGCCCAUAUCAUCACUGCCAUGAGUGCCUCUGUCAAGCAACUAAUUCUCAUCGGCGAUCACAAGCAAUUGAGGCCAAAGGUCAACAAUUACACUUUGACCAAGGAGAAAGGAGAGGGUUAUGAUUUGAAUGUAUCUCUCUUUGAGAGACUCGUCACUCAAGGUCGUUACUUCACAGCCCUAGAAGAACAACAUCGGAGUCACUCCGAUAUAUCGCAGUACCCACGUAUGUUAGCAUAUCCAGAGUUGAAAGAUGUACCAUCUACCCUCGAACGGGAUCCCAUUCGGGGGCUGAAGAACAGAGUCACUUUCGUUCACCACGAAAAGCCCGAAGAUACAAUGGGCGACGUAAACGAGCGCCGUGAUCCUACUACCAAGGCUAGCAAGAAAAACCGGCACGAAGCUGUGAUGGUUCUCAGAAUGGUCCGUUUCCUCUCGCAAAAUGGAUACAAGACCGAAAACAUGGUGGUUCUCACUCCAUAUCUGGGACAACUAAGCCUGCUGAAAGAAACCCUUCGCGAAGAAGCGGAUCCUGUGUUAAGCGACAUCGACUCACACGAUUUGGUACGAGCAGGACUGGUUACGUCAGCAGCUGCGAAAGUGAACAAGAAACAGCUUCGUCUGUCAACUAUAGACAAUUACCAAGGAGAGGAGUGCGAUAUCGUCAUUAUUUCACUGACUCGAAGUAAUGACUCUGGAGAUAUCGGAUUCUUGCACGCACGGGAGCGUCUCGUUGUGCUCCUCUCACGUGCGCGCGAUGGCAUGAUCCUUUUUGGCAACAUGGAGACGUUCAUGAAAAGUAAAAAGGGGGGAGACAUGUGGACACAGUAUUUCGACGCACUGAAGAUAAAUGGUUCUGUGUUCAAUGGCGUCCCCGUCCAUUGUGAGAGGCACCCAGAAACAUCUAUGCUUUUGAAGACACCCGAAGAUUUCGAUAUCAUGUGCCCCGAUGGAGGGUGCGCUGAACCUUGUGGUGUGGCUUUAAACUGCGGUAAGCAUGUUUGCAAUCGACGCUGCCAUCGUGUACAAGACCAUUCAAAUGUUGAAUGUGUCCAAAAGGUCGACAGAACCUGCGCUCGCGGACACAAAUCAAAGGUCUUGUGCGGAGACAAGUCUAAAAGCUGCAAGGCAUGCACCAAAGAGGAUGAAGACAACCGCCGUCGUAUUCAACGGAACCUGGAGCUGGAGAAAAAGCGCCAGGAGCAGCAAGACAAGUACCGAAUAGAGUUGCAAGAGAUCGAGGAUGAAAUCCAUCAUCACAGGAGAACUAUGAAACAUGAGUCUGAAGCGAAGGACCAGGCAGAUGAACUGCGACGCAAAAAGGAGGAACUCCAAUCUUUACGUCAAGCCCAAUCCAACAAAGCCAAGAUGGAGUCGUCCCAGAAAAGCCAAUCGCCGCCAGAGGACUCGACCCCAAAGUUCAAUGUCGUCUCAAGCGCUUCUUCCGAGUGGCAGAAUAUGAAAGAUGUCGAAGGUGCCCGUAACAUCGCUUUGGACAAACUGAUGGCAAUGAUCGGUCUGGAAUCAGUCAAAGACCAAAUGUUAUCUAUUAAGUCGGAAGUGGACACCAAGAUCCGUCAAGGGUUCUCGCUAGGAGAUGACAGAUGGAGCUGCUCGCUACUCGGUAACCCAGGGACAGGGAAAACCACCGUGGCAAGAAUCUAUGCCGAGUUCCUUACUACGGUGGGAGCGAUUCCAGGAACAUCCUUCAAAGAAGUUUCUGGCUCAAAGCUUGCCAACAUGGGCGUUUCCGGCUGUGAGACGCUUCUUGAAGAGGUCAAAAAUACCGGUGGAGGCUGCAUUUUCAUUGAUGAGGCAUAUCAGCUGUCAUCUGGAAACAGUCCUGGUGGAAAGGCGGUACUGGACUUCUUGUUGGCAGAGGUCGAGAAUUCUCGUGGCAAGAUCGUCUUUGUCUUGGCCGGCUACAGGAAUGACAUGGAGUCGUUCUUUGCUCACAACCCCGGCAUUCCCAGUCGAUUCCCCAUCGAGAUGAAGUUCGAGGACUACACAGACGAGGAACUUCUCCAGAUCCUACAGCUACAGAUCCACCGCAAGUUCAAGGGACGAAUGAAAGUUGAACAAGGUGCCGACGGACUCUUUUGUCGAAUUGUUGCACGACGAGUUGGCCAUGGUCGCGGACGAAAUGGUUUUGGCAAUGCACGAGCAGUCGAGAAUUACCUUCAGCUCAUUAGCAAGCGACAGGCUACGCGUCUUCGAAGAGCCCGCCAAUCACGUCCUAAGCCAGAUGACCUGCUUCUCACUCAAGAGGACAUGAUCGGCCCAGAGCCGUCUGAAGCAUUGUCAAAGAGCAAAGCAUACCGGGAUCUCAACUGCAUGAUCGGUCUUCAAGAAGUUAAGGAUUCGCUCAAAGUCUUUAUGGAUACACUGAAGACAAACUACAAUCGCGAACUUGAGGAGAAACCAUUGGUAGAGUUUUCUCUCAACAAGGUCUUUUUGGGAUCACCAGGAACUGGCAAGACAACCAUUGCAAAGCUGUACGGUCUGAUUUUGAAAGACCUAGGCCUUCUAUCUAAUGGUGAACUUGUUGUCAAGAAUCCGGCCGACUUUGUUGGUGCCCAUAUUGGCUCAUCGGAAGCUCUGACCAAAGGCAUACUUGCCUCCACACAAGGAAAGGUUCUCGUGAUCGAUGAGGCUUAUGGGCUAUUCAGUGGGAGCGCUGAUGGUUCAAGUAUGAACCAGUUCAAGACAGCUGUUAUCGAUACCAUUGUGGGUGAGGUCCAAAGUGUACCGGGUGAGGAUAGAUGCGUGUUGCUCCUUGGUUACAAGGAUAAAAUGGAGGAUAUGUUCCAAAACGUCAACCCGGGCCUCGCCAGACGUUUUCCCAUUGCAUCUGCCUUUGUCUUCGAAGAUUUUGAUGAGGCAGCCCUGGCAAAGAUUCUUGACAUGAAGCUAGGCAAAGCUGGGUUCAAGGCAACAGAGCGAGGAAAGUCUGUGGCUUUAGAGGUCCUUCGCCGCGCACGAAACCGGCCAAACUUUGGGAACGCGGGUGAGAUCGAUAUUCUUCUCGGCAGAGCUCAAGCGCAUCACCAGCAACGUGUCUCAUCCGGUCUCGUCAAGCGUCAUGGUACCUUGGAAGCGAUUGAUUUUGAUCAAGAGUUCGACCGAGCGGAGAAGGGCACCGAUGUUGAGAAGCUUUUUGCAGGUGACAUUGGGCGAGAGCAUCUCGUGUCCACUCUCCAAGGCUAUCAAAAUCGUGUCCGACAAGCUAAAGAACUUGAGGUUGAGCCUGAAAUUCCUUUCAACUUCUUGUUCCGUGGCCCACCAGGAACCGGCAAGACAACAGCAGCACGUAAGAUGGGCAAAGUGUACUAUGACAUGGGCUUUUUGGCCAGUACUGAGGUCAUUGAGGUUUCUGCUACUGAUUUGAUCGGUCAAUACGUCGGACAUACAGGUCCCAAGGUACAGAAACUGCUCGAAAAGGCAAUGGGGCGUGUGCUUUUCAUUGACGAAGCAUACCGACUUGCGCCCACGAACCAUGGAUCAUUUGCACAAGAGGCAAUCGAUGAAUUAGUGGACUGCAUUACAAAGUCUAAGUAUGAGAGAAAGCUUAUCAUCAUCUUGGCCGGUUAUGUGCAAGAUAUCAACACACUCCUCAAUGUCAACCCUGGUUUAUCCAGUCGAUUCCCCGACAGUAUUGAUUUUGACCCACUGAGCGUCGCGAGUUGCAUUCAUUUGUUGACAACCCAACUGCAAGCCAGGAAGGAGAAGAUUAAGCAGAAAAAAUUUAUUGAUCUUUCUUCUGUGGAAGUUCUCGGUGCAGCAUUCCUAGAAGAGCUUACUAGCAAGUUCCAGAGACUCUCUCAGCAGGAAGGCUGGGCCAAUGCUAGAGAUGUCAAGGAGUUAGCGAAGAAGAUAUACAGCAAGCUGGAUUUCUCUUUGGCAACCGUGACAGUUACGGAGGAUCUCAUCGGGAACACUCUUGAAGAAAUGAUUGCUGAACGGCUGGGUAGGAUGAACAACAAGAAGCCGAAGAUAGCUACCCCGAUUCCCAGGGCGCCUGUCAUCACACCUAAUCGCGCACCCCCUACAACUUCAUCCAAAUCGACCUCUAAUCCAAAAGACACAAAGACUGGUGAUGGGGAAAAGGCGACAGAUGAGUCUAACGACCGAACGACCGACAUACGGGAUGCGGGGGUGAGUGAUCAAGUAUGGGAACAGCUCCAGAAGGACAAGGAAAAAGAGUUGCAGGAGAAAAAAGAGCUUUCGCGACUAAAAAAGGCUCAACAGGAUGCCAGCGAUGCUGAUAGGGAGAGGCUUGUACGACAAAUAUUGGCGGAAGAGGAGAGACGCAAGCAGAUAGAGGCAAGGAAGGCGAAGCUAAUGCAGAUGGGUAUCUGCCCUGCAGGAUUCCAAUGGGUCAAGCAGAAUGGAGGGUUUAGGUGUACUGCGGGUGGACAUUGGAUAUCCGAUGAACAGGUAGACGGAAUGUAG